UCGUUCGGUCCAUUGCGGUGUUUCGCGCCGCGCAGUUGACACGCCGUGUGUACAAUCACUUUUUACCUGUUGCUAGACUGUGUUGAUAGUAAUAAUAUUAUAAAUAGUACCAAUAAUAAUAAUAAUAAUAAUAAUAAAUAAUAAUAAUAAUAAUAAUGUCCUGGAAUAUAAUUUAAAAAUAAACAUCGUAAGCUCAACAACAAAAGUGCAAUGAACCGGUGAUAGUAAAAAAUAAUAUUACCAGUAAAAGAGAUUCGUGUCAGUGAAUCCAAGUGUGCUAAAACGACAAGUAUUUUUUUGGAGCAGUAUUCACAAUUGGCUGUUGGUUGCUUUCUUCACGAUCCUGUCUCUGUUACUCUCUUACUGCGUAGUCUCGGUUUAGAACCAACCAUAAACCGUAUUAUUAUUUACCAGAGAGACGGACGAGAGACGCGCAUUCUCCUGGCAUUAAGUUUGUUACAGUUGAGCGAUGGCCUUGAGGCUUCGCAGUAGCAAAGAUGUCAAGAAAAGCUCAUACUACGUAUGGUAUUUGGGAGCGAGGGAGGCCAAAGGCGUGGAUGCUAUGCCAGGUGCCAUAGCAUAUCUCCUCGAGCGUGAAAGACUCCAAGAACCUUUCAAGGUCACACUGCAGGUCAGCAGCAAAGGCUUGAAGAUUAUUCAGACAGUACAUCCAGGUAUGUCGACGAAGGCUGCUGUGAAACAUCUUGUGCCAGGUCACGCUGUUCUUGCAGCUGUACAACGGGAGGACGUCGUCGCUGCUACUCUUCUUCUUCCCAAUCCAGCUACUAACAAUCCUGUUCACGUUCACGCCUACAGAUGUGAUUCAGUAGAAACUGCCGAAAUUCUCGGCGCUCAAUUAAAAGCUCUUGCCUCAAAUUCCGACAACUCUGCAAAGAUAAACGGAUCAGACAGCAGAAUUAGGAGUAAUAUAGGAAGUGAUGGUCGGAGUACAAGAGAAUCAGAGUCAUCUGAGGGCAGCGGAGAGCACAGACACAUUCCAGUUCAGUCGGCUACUAUUUACGAGUCACUGGCUGCUGAAUUGAGAGCGAAAUUGGGUAGAGGUAACUCUGGUGACAAUGACGUAGGACCAAUAUUACUGCCACCGCGUGACUACGAUACUGUACACAGACACCGUGGAAAUCUCGCAGGUAUCGAAUUCCGACGUUGUCUCAAUCAAAAUAUCGUGGGUGGCAACACGGCGAUCGAGAGAGGCGGAACACGUAGCGCUGCCAGCAGUGGUAUCGGCUCGGACAGUGCGGCUACUCCGCCCCCGUAUCAACCACAUCAUCCUCUGGGUCCACGACCUUCUCGGCCAUCCAGAGAUACUUCUUCUGAUGAAGAUUGGGGUGGAGCUAAUGAGGACAGUGAGUAUCUGCAGGAUCAAAAUUCAAAUGUGGCGCUGCCAAGAGUUAACAGGAGUCCUGAGAGAUCAAUCGGUCUUACCCGCGGCGCAUCGCCGAACAGCUCAAAUAGGAUCCGAAGAGCGCCUGAAUUGAGACAACGAUCUCCCAGUCCCCAGUAUCAGCCCAAAGUAGAUCCCAUCGAGGUUACAAGCCCGCGGGAAAGAUUUCAGGACGCCAAGGAGAUGUUCAAGGCCAUGGAACGAGAGAAUAACGCGAGGCCAGUGAUCGUCAGGCCCAGAGAAUCCAGUGAGAACCGCGGAAAGCACAAGCUGGAGCAGUCACGGCAGCUCCACGAGAUCGACCGGACUCGGCAUCUCACAUCAAGUAUCUCUCAUUCGGCUCCUGUUCAUCAUGAUCACCUGGUGAGACGCAGUCAUCCGAACCUGGAACGUGAUAAAGAACGUGACCGGGGUGACUACAGGAGCAAGCCAUCACGAACUAGAGUACAAAACUAUUCAUCUGUUGACCAUUUAGCUGAAAUAGAAUUGUCUUCAUCCCGACCAAGACCUAGAAGUUUUUAUGACAACUCGUCUAGUGGUAGAGUAGAUCAGAAGGACUCAAGACAUGUCAUGGAUCUUCGAGAGAGAGAAUCAAGGGAACGGCACUCACGUGAUCUGAUGCGUGAAAAAACACGAAUAAGACCGAUGGCUUAUCAAGAAAUUCCUAAACAUGAUAGAUAUCAUCUCGAUAGAGAAAAUUCGAGACAGAGUUUUGAAAUUUUACCGACACCUGGUAGAUACCGUCACAGUUACGCUGAGCCGCCGAGACUCGGACUCGCAGCACUUGAUCCUUAUUAAUUUAAAUUUAUUUUAUAAAUAUAAAACAACACUAUAUAUAGAUAUACAUAUUUGUAUUUAUAUAUACCCUGUUGAUUAAUGGAUUAAUGAAAUAUUUAAUUAACUGGUAUAUCGUUUACCACUGAUGCAUCGUUAUCAUUAUCUUAUUCAAGUGCUGGCUGUCAUAUACACAUACAUUGAUGAUAUUGGCUGUACGGUGUACGCAGCCAUCCACUGAUGGCCAUCUCUUCUCUUUCCUCCUCGCCGACGAGUUGUCAUUUUUAUUAUUAUUAUUAUUAUUAUUAUUAUUAUUAUUAAUAUUAUUAACUCGCGAGGCAUGCGGGCGUUUAAAUGACCUGUCGCCAACAAGAGACGUUGUUAAAUCAUGUUAUUAAUUAUUAUACUCUGUACUUUUGUUGCUUGUCUUGAUUACUUGUGGUACUCGAUUAACGUCGGCCAUACAUUAGACCAAGUGAAAAUAGAAUUUUAAAAAUAAUUUAUCUUUAUAUUUAUAUGCACUUGGCAUUGCGAAGGGGAAAGAUAAUGAGAGAGAUCUAUAUCCAGCCUCGCUGGACAGCCGUCUCUUUUUUUUAAAAAAGUGUUGGUAUCUUUAAAAACCGGCAUCUUGGAUUUAUAAAUAUGUGUACUUUUUUUUUAAUAAUAAUAAUAAUAUUAAUUAUUAUUAUUAUACUUUUAUCUCUGUAUGUAAUGUUAUAUUUUGUAAUUGUUAUACUGAGAGAAAUCUCACUGACAAUAAUUAUAAUAAUAAGCAAUAAGUAAUAAUAAUUAUACGAUAACAAUAAUAAUAAUAAAUAAUAAUGAGCGUAGGUACUCAGUACUAAAAUUAUUAUUAAGUUGUUUUAAUAAUUAUUUUCAUUGACCUCUCGGUAAUGAUGAUCGGGAAGCCCAGGGCUCGAGACCUCUCUGGCUAUGGAACCGGUCCGUUCUCUGGAUGCUAUUGCCGUACAGUUUAUUGGUAGUUAUCUUUUAAAAACCACAACACGACCUCGUUUGAUCAAAUUGUUAUGUCGGCAACGUGAAAGUUUGAUGGAUAAAAAAUUUUUACGUGCUUUUUAUUAUUUUCGUCUGUUAAUGAGUUAUUAAUGUACUUAAAUAUAUAAAUAUUUCAUCAUAUCCUUGAGAAAUUUUUUUACAGAAAAAAUUAGACAAUUGUCUAAUAAUUUUGUUGUUUAAUUAAAAAUUUUUUUACUAACCGACAUCUCAAAAUUAUUUUUCCAGUGAGUCGAUAACGAAAUCUAGAGAACUAGAUAAGCGAUCACUGUUAAUAUGAGACAUAAAAUUUUGGGCUUAAGCAUUUAUAAAUAUAUGUUCCCAUGGGAAUAUGUGAGGGAUAUAUUUGUAUAGAUUUCAAACUAUGCUAGAAUUUUUUUAAAGACUUUGAAGUUAAAAUGGAAAGUGGUAUCAAUGAUAGUAAUAAAAGCGUUUGGAAAAAAUAUACACGCGAGUCACGGACCGGGAGUGAAAUUUAACGUGUUUCAAAAUUUAUAAGUAUAUAUUUAUUAUGCAAAUAACGCAAUGGUGCGAAAUUUAUAAAUUUUUCAUACUGCGUCGCAAAUCACCAGAUGCAUAAUAUUGAUUUCUGAUAUAUGUAUUAUAUAUUAUAUAUCAUGUAUAACUUUCUUGCAAUGGUAUUUUUUUUUAUUUUAAAAUCACUUCACGGUCACAUUUUUAUGUUAAAUCAUUUUUUAUUAAAUUUAUAUAUAUAUAUAUAUAUGUACGGAGUAAAUGAAAGUAAUAUGCCUUUCUAACGUACGUACUUAACAUUGCAGUACUCAGUCAUGCUUGAAAAUUUAUCUCUUAUCAAAAUUCUAUUAUACGGCAAUUUAAAAUAUUUUUAUUACUUAAAUAAAUAUACAAAAGUCAAGGCUCCAAUAAUUCAAAUUUCCCGGUUGCCGGAACUUAUUUUCCCUCUUAAAAAAAUUUCUAUUAAUUUCUUCAGUAAAUAAUAAAUCUAUCG